AAAAUUAAAUAAAAUAAAAAAUUAUUUAUAAAUAAUCGUGGAUGAAAGUUGACUUUUAAUUAACACCAAUUAUAAAAGUUUGUAGAAAAUGUACAACUUCGAAAGUAUUUGCCGUACAUGUUCAUGUCAGGGUGAAUUACAAUCUCUGUUCAUUGAAGAUCCUUUGAUUGUUGCAGAUAUGUUAACUGAAAUUAUUGAUAUUAAGGUAAUGAAAGGGGAUGAAUAUCCACAAAACAUUUGCGUAUAUUGCUUAGAAAAAUUAAAAAUCGCAUACUUAUUUAAAAAACAGUGCCAAGAUAUCCAAUUAAAAUUUGAACGUUACCUAAGUAGUAUGAACGAUAAAAUACUUUUAGAAACGAACACUGAGGAGAAUUACGAUUGCAAAGACGAAGAAAUAUACGUAAAUACCGUAAAAGAAGAGGAAUUAGUUAUCAUUCACAUUGAAAAUGAAUCAAAUCAAGAUUGGAAUGAACGAUCUGAUUCUGUAAGUCCGGCUCCAAUACAAUCAUCGGAUAUCAAUCAAGAAAAUUUACAAGAUAAUUCAUCAAAUUGUUCACAACAAGAUCAAGAUUCUGAUGGCAUGAAGAAAGAAAAUUCAGACGAUGAACAAGAAUCGGAUGACAUUAAGAAGGAGAAUUCAGAUGAAGAAUAUUAUACGAACGGUAAAAAGAAGAAAUCAAAACGACGUAAAUUUGAAUGUGAAGUAUGCCAUAAGAAUGUAAAUAAUUUACGACAACAUAUGCGAUCUCACACUAAAGAAAAGCCAUUUAAAUGUGAUAUAUGUGACUUAGAAUUUUCGAUAUCUAGUAAUUAUGCACGACAUCGAAAAUUACAUUCAGGAGAACGUCCUCAUGUAUGUGAGAUUUGUGGACGUGGUUUUAUUCAGAAAGUAUCGUUAGUAGAACAUGUUCGACGCCAUACAAAUGAUCUACCAUUAAAAACGACUUGCUAUCAAUGCGAUCAAUGUGAAAAAUCUUACAGACUGAAAUCUCAACUCAAACAUCAUUUCAAAAUGAAGCAUACGGAAGAAGGUCAAAAGAUUAAAAUUGAAGGUGUUAAAGGUGAAUUCCAAUGUACAAAAUGUGAUAAAAAAUUGAAGAGUAAAGAAAGUUUAGCACAUCAUAAAUUACAACAUUUCCCUAAAGCAUUUUUAUGUUACUAUUGUGGCCGGGGAUUUGUUACGAACAUUCAAUUAAAUUCCCAUAUUCGUACACAUACGGGAGAGAAACCAUUUAAAUGUGAAUUAUGUGAAAAAGCAUUUUCUCAAGUAUCAACGUAUCAAUCGCAUCAAAAAACCCAUACGGGCGAAAAACCGUAUAAAUGUGAAUAUUGUGGGAAAUUGUUUGGAUAUAAAAUGUCGUUACGAGAUCAUCAACUAAUUCAUACGGGUGAUAAACCAUAUAAAUGUAAUUUGUGUAAUCAAAGUUUUCGACAACGACCCCAUUUAAAAACACAUUAUCGUACACACAGUGGUGAAAAACCGCAUCAGUGUACGGUUUGUGAUAAGAAAUUUGCAUUAAAUGGUAAUUUAACUGUUCAUAUGCGUACACAUACCGGGGAAACACCUUAUGUAUGUUCGAUCUGUAAUAAAGGUUUUUAUGAUUCAAGUAGUAUGAAAAAACAUAAAAAAAAUCAUUAAUUCUUAUGGAUUAAUCUUAUAUUAUUCGUUGAAGAACAGAGCUGGCGACACUCAUAGCAAAUUCAGCAACUUCUUGCCAUACUUCUAUCAAAUUAUAUGAGAUUUUAUAUGAUUUACUGAAGUUUUAGAAGUAGCAAUGCCACCUAUGCCAAGUUUUAGCUUUUUACCUGUAGAAAACUAAAACUUGGCAUAUAUUGCUGCUUCCAAAACUUCAGUAAAUUUCAUUUAAUUUGAUGGGAAUAAUAUUGAGAAAAUCACUAAUGUGAUCAGUCAAUAUGACAGUCAUAAGCAGGUUUUAAUCUUAUAAGAAACAGCUUUCGUCCAUAGAAUGAUUAGUGCAAUCAAAGAGUGUUCUAUUUUUUUUAUUAGACAGUUCAUUCAUAUAUUUUAACAGAAUUGUUGUAAGUUACUAUGAUUUCUUAAUAUCCAUCUACUUAUUCCUUCUAUUUUAAGGCAUCGGUUGUCGCAUGGCAAAAUAAAUAUCUUACGUAAUACACAUUACAUAACUGGCGUAAACUUUUGUUUCUAGUCAGUAUUGUAUACUGAAAGCUAAAAGAAGUGGAACAGCUAUAGGAAAUAUACGCUCCAAGUGUGGAACAUAGUUGGCUAAGUUAUUAGACCAUUUUAUGUGUAUAAAAUCUAAAAUUUCUUUUAGAGUACAUUUAUGUAUUUUGUGGUAUUGAUUAAAUUAUCUUAGGAAUUUGUCCAUAAAUUAUACAGAUUGCACCAUCUUUUAUGUUGGUAUGUAUACAUUGAAUAAAUUUGGACAUUUUUCAACCAAUUGAGUUGAUUAGACAUGUAUUGAAGCGUCAAUUCAGUGCAGUUUUAACUAUGAAUCGCUUCACAGCAAAACAACGCAUACCAUGACACGCUAUUGCAUGCCCAAAAAGUGACUUGUUUGGGCUGCAAACGCAGCCAAAAGGACACAUUUUAUUUUGGCUAAUAAAGGUGCUUAGUUGAUUGAAGUUGUAUUCAAAAACUAGUCCAAAUAAAUUGCAAAGGACCAAAUUGAAUAAAAAUAUCUCAUAUACAGAAAACAGUUUUCAAUGCUUAUAUACCGACAUAAAAGAUGGUGUACCAGUUAUAAGCUCUCACCUACGCAUUUGAAACCAUUUCUUUUUUACGAAAACUUUUAAUAAUUUUAUUAUAAAUAAACCCCAUGAUCCGGAAUACACGAGAGUAGAAACUGAGAUAGAGAAAAUGUUAAAGUUAUCCCUAACUCUUUUGCUACUUCCAUGGUGUUUAUUUUUUAUGUAAUUUAAGGACAGCUCUUAGUUAGAAAUCAAAAAUCAUUACGGUUUUAUUUCAAGUUACGUGUAUGAAG